UAGGCGUGGUUAAAACUACACAUUCAAAUAAAGUUAUUACAUAUAUAUAGAGUACCGUUGUUUUUUACUGUAGUGGUGUCCAGCUCGGUUGUAUUUUCUCCGGCAGCCAUAACUUCUCGCGACGACAUACCUUAGCUUGUGAAUUACUGUCGUGAUUCCCCUUAAGGGACAGAGUUCAUCAUCAUCCACAUCCACGAUCAAGACGACGAGCAUCGACGGCCACGACAACGACAACCAAUACCUUUCAAAUAUAACAAGAUAAAUACCAUAAGAUGGAUUUCCAAACGACACUGAUUUAUGGUGGUGUGGUGGUUGUUUCCGCGGCUGUUAUUUUUUUGGUAUCAGUUCUGGGUAUUAAAGAAAAAUCUUAUGAAGAAGCUAUCGCUGAACAACGGAAACUUCCUGAUGAUUUGCUAUUAGGCAAGAAAGACAAGGGUAAAGAUAAAAAACAUAAAAGUAAGACGGGUAAAAAAGUUAAGGAGAAGAAAGAUGAUAAAGAUGAUAAGGAUGAUAAGCAGGAGCAUGUACAAUUUGAGGACACUCCUCAAAUUUUACCAGACAUAAAUGUUCAGGAUGUUGGCAAGGGGAAUAAGAAGAAGAGUAAGCCUGAAAAGGUGAAACCAAUCCUUGUAAAUAAGGAUGAGUCACCAGUUGUGACUGAGUCAAUAGCUUCCCAGCCUCCGCUGGUAAAUGUCAAUCAUUUUGAUGUCAUUCACCCAAAGGACGACCUUGAAUUAAUUCGGAGUCAAAGUAAGGAAAAUCUCCAGCAGGCGACUCAGUCAGAGCCGGUGACUGGAAAGUCAUCGCCAAGAGAAACUCCAACGAAAUCAAAAAAGAAUGUUGUUAAAGAACCCGUUAAGAAAAAGGAAGAAUCUAAAGAUGAUAAAAAAGAAUCAAACGUAAAUGUUAAUGCAGCCGUCCAACAGACAGUAGUAAAAGCUUCAGCGUCACUUGCUGAGCAAGCUCCUACUGCCAAGGAAUCUAAAGAACCGCAACAAAAAGAUGUACAACAACAAAAAGAUACCGCGAUUUCAGUGCAACCGACAAACAAAGAAGUUAAUAAAAAAAAUAAAAAGAAGAAUGACAUUCUCGCUCAAAUAGGUGGUGAUAAGGAUGGAAUAAAUGUGUCUCUAUUGAUGCCGCUGGUGCAAAAAGCCGAGUUGAGUCGGUCAGAAAUUCAGAUUCUCAUUGACUUGUUGUUGAACAAACAAUUGGACAACCCACAGGAGGUCACCGAGUGGACUGAAGGCCGCGCGGAUCCGGUAAUAAAGCUAAAGAAACAACUCAGCGAGAAGGAAAAAGCCCUGUCUGAAGAGCACGAAGCCAGCUUGACUUACCAGAACAAAUUAAAAGAACUCAGAGCUGAAUUAAAUUCUGAGAGGUCUAGGUUAACCGGUAGCUUGAAGCAACUCGAGGAGGCGCUCAAUGCCAAAAUAACUGAAGCACAAACUCUGCACACGCGUAUGCAACACAUACUUGAAAGCCAUGCCGCAGAAAAACAAGGAUUUGCCCGUCAAAUCGAACAGCUGCAGGCUAAGGUCAAUGAGGAUGCCACGAUUAUUCAUAAGAUGCAGGAAGAUCAAGGUCAGACGCAAGGACAUCUUCAGCAAGAAUUGAUAGCUCAGCGCAAGCAGCUUGACAUACAGUUUGCUCAGAUGCGGGAAAAUGAAAACUCGUUGAAGGCGCAAUUGUCACAAAAACAAAUGGAGUAUGAUCAACUUCAUGGUGUUCACAUAAGUAUCACAUCGGAAUUAACGGCUACGGUCGAUUCCAACUCAAAUGAGAUUGAUAUGCUGAGACAGCAGCUCGGCAUGAUGCAGGAACAGUUCAUGCACUCGGAAGGACAAUUGCAGAAUUUACGCGAUUCCGAAGUACGUCUUCAGGAAAUGGCACGACAACUCGAAGAAUCGCAUCGCGCAAACGCUGAUCUUGAUCAUCGUCUUAAAAAUCUUCAUCGCCAUGAACAGGAAUUGCAGAAACAGGUUCACUCAUUGCAGAAUGAAUUGAAAGUUGCCAAGGCUGAGGCUGGUGACGCGACUGCUUUGAAUGAGGAAUUAAAUAAAGUCCAAACGGAAUUGAAUAAAUUAAAGUCUGAUUUGUCUGUAUCACAAAAUGAAGCCAAAACAGAAGCUAUAGAAAUAACAAAUUUGAAAAAUUUACUUGCUGAUAAAGAAGAAGAAGUUAAAAUACUUCAACAAGAUUUACUUAAAGCUCAACAGGAAGUUCGGGAAAAAGGCGCUAUCAUUGCAAUUUCGGAGUCGUUGGUGAACGAGGCCCGCAAUGAAUCGACCAAAGCGCGCGCUGAGUUGACUAAAGCUGUGGAAGAUUUGAAACAGGAGAAGAAUAGAGUGAAGAACCUAAUGGAUGAACUUAAGAAUCUUAAGGCAGCGGUAAACAAUCAAGAAACCGGUGACGUUAAAUUAUUGAAAGCCGAAAUAGAACAAUUGCAGAAUGGCGAUAAAAAAUCAAGUGCCAUUCAUCUGGAAAUAAUAAAACUCCAGGAAGAGAACGAGCGACUUAAAGACAUGCAGCGAACGCAAGAAGAUCAUGGCCAGAUUGAUGCCUUGAAGAGCGAGCUGAUGAAGAAACAGGCUGAGUUUAAUCAGCUCAAAGCUCAAGUCGAAUCUCUACAACGCGACGCAAAUAACCACUCGAGUUUAACUAAACGACUUCAAGAUGACCUGGAGGCUCAGCGAUUAAAGAACAACGAAUUACGUACUAAGAACUGGAAAGUGAUGGAAGCUCUUUCAGCCGCCGAGUCGCGUGUUAAAUCCAAUCCCAGGAAAUCCAUUGACGAAAGCAUUGAGUCGGUAAAAAAUAAAGAACAGGAGACAACAAAAUCUUUAUUACAGAGGAUAUUCCCCGAGAUCUCUGUCACUGAAAAAUCAUUCGACAAGUGGCUGACGACUUUUGAGGAACGGGUCCAAGAUGUUUUGCAAAAUAAAAAUUACCAUGACUCACAAGAUGUUAAUUCAGAAUUAGAAAAACAAAAUAAAAAUUUACAAGGCUUGGUCGCUCACUAUAAGCAAAUUAUUAUUGAUACCGAGGGAAUGCUUAAUAAUCUUCAAAAUAAUGUAGAAUCCGAAGAGUCAAGAUGGAAAGCAGGUUUGCGGCAAAAAGAGAAUGAAGUUAUUAGUCUUAGAUUAGAAUUACAAGAAAUUAAAAAUAAAACAACAAUAAACGAUAAGAUUCACGAACAAAAGGACACGUGUCGUGACAAUGAUGGAGUUGAAUUUGCAUUUAGUUGCAUUGAAAAAUCUCUACCGACUAUAACUAAAGAGCUUCAAGAAAAAAUAUCACAAUUAGAGUCGAGAUUGAAGGAAGAGGAAGCACUGAAAGAUAAAGCAAAUAUAGUGACAGUAAAAACAACUUACACUUCGCCAAUUAAAACUGUUAAUUUUGCCAACGUUGAACAGUUGCAAGAGGAAAAACAGAGAUUAUCACAAGAUUUGGAGACUGAACGUACGAAAAAUAAAGUGCUGGACAACGAGCUGGGCAAACUGCGUUCGCUGGUUGAAAACAGUGAAGCCACUUUAAAUCAAGAGAAAACAUUAGUCUCUAAACUUCAGCAAGAAGUCUCUCGACUGAAGAAUGAAGCUACCGGAGCUUGCAGUAGUCUCGAUCAGUCUGUGAACGGACCUUCAUCGGAGUGCAUGAAGCCAGAGCAGAUGAGAGCGACCCAGUCUCUGUUAGCUGCAAUAGAAAAAACCCUUAUCAAGAAUCCGGAACCCGAAAACUGUUCCAUAACCAGCACCAAAUUGGUUGUCGAGUCACAACAAGAUUACAACCGUGACUCAUUUACCUCCGAAUUAAAUUCCGAUAAUUGUCAUACGGCAGCCUAUGACGUACAAUCUAUUAACGGUCAACAACAUAAAAAACACAAGAAAAAGAGGAAGGGUGGUUCAGGAAAAAAGUAACGUCAAGAGCAAAGCUGCGCUAGCGAAAAACAAUAAAGGAGUUGCGAAGAAUGCAAACUAAACAAUAAAUAAUAAAUAAUUAUAAUAAUGAAGUAAAUAAAUGAAUAGAGUUAUUAGCACAUAAAGUCAAGCUGUGGACGUGACUAAACAGCGACUUUGCUACUGAGAAGACUAAAAUAAUAAUAAUUAAUUAAUUAUGGAUAAUGUUUAUUAUAAAAAAUAUAUCAUAUUUUAUUAUAUGAAGAAUUGAUAAAAAAAAAAAUAUUGAUAAUAAUAACAGUAAAUAAUAAAAAGAAUAUAAAUCAAGACGUAGGUAGUGAAGCAGGAAAAUCAUGAGAUUUAGUAGACGGUAACAAAUUAAAUACUUAAAAAAUAAACACGUUUUUUUUUAUUUUAAACCAACGAUUCACUCCAUUUGAGAUUUAGUAAUCUAGAUGUUAAAAGACAACACAAAACUUUAGUACACAUUUAAAAUUGUAUUUAAAAAACAGAAAAAAAGAUUACAAUAAAAAAUCUAAAAAAAUGAUUCCACUCAAUUUGAAUAAAUUAAUCUAUCAAUUGGGCUAAUUAGAAGUUAAUUAAAGACAAAUAAGAAUAAAAAAAAAUAUAUAUAUAUAAAUAUAUUAAUUACAUAAACGAUUAAAACAUAAUAUUGCAGUCCAUGCAUUUUAAUAAAAUAUAAAAUGAUAAAAUAUAUAAACAGUCGCACGUGCAAUAAAGUGUUCGGUAAUUAAAAAACGAACAUUGAUAUUCUAGUGAGCUUUGUGCAACAAAAUCAUGGUUUAAGCCCAGUGAGAACAAGUUAAUGUGUCUACCAGUCGAGAAUUAUUGAAGAAAAUAAAAUAAAAUAAAUGAAUAAAAAAAAUCUUGCUUGGAGAUUGUUAAUUAAUGUUUUAAAAGUAGUUUAUAUAUAUUAUAUUCUCAUCUCAUACACAGGGAAUCAUAUCGAAAGCCAAUAACAGAAAACAGACAUGCGAUUAUUUUAAAUUUGUAAAUUUAUUUUUUAAAUUAAUUAAUUAUUAUCAAGAAAAUGAAUUGAAAUUGUAAUUAUUUAUUUAUUUCAUUGAGCUGAGAACAAACGGAUUGAUAAUAAUUGAUAAUAAUUAGUAAUUAUUAAACCAAUUGUUUAUUUAUUUACAAUAUUUGGUGAACGUAAUUGAUGAUUAAUUUGUUAAUAAAAAAUUUAAAUGCUUAGAAUCUAGUUAAUUAAUAAUUUUGAUUGAAGGCUUUCUCUAUUUGAUGUUCACCAAAAUGAUUGAUGCAGCCUAAAAUAAAUUGCUGAUCAUUUAUUAAAUAAAGUAUACAUGUAAACAUUUUUUAAUUGGAUACCGUACUUAUUUUGUAUACAUUUUAUAAUACAAACUACUGAAUUAAGGGGUAAAUUAUGAUGCACAUUAACUCGAUUGGACGAUUAAUGGUUUGGACUAAAACAAAAACAAACUUAUAAUUAAUAAAUACUAGUAUAUUUGUAUUCAAUACCAAUUAUUUAAAUCGCUGAAACCAAAAUGAAAUUAACCCAUCGUCCAAUCGACACUAUAUAUAUAAUUAUAUAUAUUAUUUUUUUUUUUUAAACAUCUUUACAAAUCGGCUCAACGCAAAAUGUAACGCGAUUAUUAUAAUUAAUUAUAUUAAUUAAAAUAGUUAACAAUAAUCAGGCAUUUGAAACCAAUGCAUUUUUACAAAAGGCUAUUAAUUAAUUAAUAGAUAAAUAAAUCAGUGUUCUCACAAAUUAUUUGUGAUUUGAAUCUCUGUAGAAAAAAAGUAAAUUACGAAAGAUAAUAAAAUACUCGUGAAUGUUGAUGUAAUAUCCAAACCAUUGGUCAGCCUUAACAAUCCUGGUAGUAUCUUAUAACAGUUGCAAUAUAGCAUUAAAUAUACUAAUAAUAAAAAAUAUAUGUACCCUGCAA